AUGGUGCAACACAGCGAAACGACGGACAACCGUGGGCUUCUCCAUACCAUCUUCGAGAGUCAGGUUUCCUCAUCACCAAAUCGAAAUGCCAUCCAGACAUACACUCUUGGAUCAUGCCAGACUAUCACCUAUCAUGAACUGAACUCGGAAGCAAACAUGAUAGCAAGGCAGAUCCGAUCCACCAAGUUACCGCAAGUGAUCAGAUUCGCUAUAUGCAUGGACAAAGGGCCGAAUCUUGUUGCGAUCAUUCUCGCCGUCUUGAAGUUAGGUUGUGCCUGGUCACCAAUUGAUCCAAAAGCUCCAGUCAAACGCAAGAUUGCAAUACUACAAGAGCUUGGCAGCUGCCACCUCUUGGUAGCACCGGAAUACGCAGCUGACUUCCAGCACUGCCCAUCGUCCACGAGCAUCUUCGUCUGGGACGAUUUGAUAUCGAGAGCUGCAAGUGUUCAAGACGGUGACAACUUGCAAGGAGUCGAUUGCAACCCAGAUAGUCCUUGUCACAUCUUAUGGACCAGCGGGUCUACGGGAGUUCCCAAGGGGGUGGUUAUUUCCCACCAAUCCGUUGCAAAUAAUGCAUCUACUUUGGCACAACUUUUCCGUCUGGGAGAAAACACCCGAACUCUUCAGUUUGCACAUUUCACGUUCGAUGUAUUUGCUCUGGAUAUAUUCAUGUCACUUAGCGUCGGUGCUUGUCUGAUCAUGGGAGAAAUCUCCGAGAUGAUCACUGAUAUAUCAUCGUUCAUGAUCUCUACGCAAACGAGCUACGCGCAAUUAACUCCAUCAGUAAUCCAGUUGUUGGAUCCAGAAACAAUGGAUCUCAAUGGUAGCCUUCGCAUCUUAGCCAGCUCUGGUGAAGCUAUGACGGAAAGCAUCAUUAGUGUGUGGGCAGGUAGACUACAGCUCUUCAACUGUUAUGGCCCGACUGAGACGGAUGUUGUCACUGCUCAUCGAAUGACGGCGGAAACUUCGCCGCAUUGUAUUGGAAAGGAGCUGGCUGGAUGCAAGGUAUCGAUCAGAGAUGACCAGGGCAUUGAAUUACCUCAAGAUACUAUCGGGGAGAUUUGUGUGUCAGGGAUUCAAAUCAUGACUCAAUACCUAAAUGCGUCGAACACAGUGCACUGGCAUCUAGGACGCCCGGAGGGACGGGUAUACCGCACCGGCGACCUAGGAAAGGUCGUAUGUAGUGGAGAUAUCUUCUGCUUCGGCCGCAGAGAUCACCAAGUGAAGGUACGAGGCAACAGAGUCAAUCUGGUCGAGAUCGAGGAGACUAUUCGGUAUGUAUCGGACGUAAAAUCCAUUUCUGUGCUGCUCCCGACCGCUGGUCUUCUCCAAGGUCAACUCUGUUGUUUUCUGCAAGCCAGCCUGAAUGAAUGCACUUUGCAUCACGAAGCAGGGUCUUCGCUGCAGCCCAACACUUCAGAAGAAGCCAUACGUGUGACCGAGACGGCACUAGAAGAGUUGGAAAGGUCAUUGCCGACUGCGGCAGUCCCGACAAGUUGGUGGCUUCUCCAAGCUAUGCCGCUGACCUCAAGCGGGAAAGUGGAUCGUCAGACCUUAUUAAAAUGGCUAGAGUCCUCCACUCAAUCUGAACUUCAACUUCGAACGCAUCCCGCAGUAUUUACGCCAUCUCCAUCUCCAUCUCCGUCUCUAUCUGACAGCAACACGGACACAAGUGUGUUGGGCUUGGGCGGACCUGAGCAAACAAUCAGGUCGAUCUGGGCUGAGUUACUGGAUAUGGACGAUAUCAAGAUCCCAGCAGAGCGGCCAUUCUUCGCCAUGGGCGCUCAUUCUCUCCUGGCUGUCAGGCUGGUCGCAGCGAUACGGGCUCACGGAGUUGCUUUCACCAUGCAGACGCUUCGAGAUGCCGACACUAUCAGGAAGCAAGCCAUUCUACUCGCCCAUUCCGAGAAUCGAGUCAAGCCAGCGUCAAGAUGUAAGGCAGAGAUCCCUUAUACCCUGAUAGGCGCCGAAAUCGACCGUCGCCAACUGAUGGAAGCGGCGUCCAAGGUCUGCUCUGUUCCAAUGGGAUCCAUUGAUAACAUCUAUCCUUGCACGCCGAUGCAAGGCGGACUCAUGGCUGCAUCGCUACAGCAUCCAGGAUUAUACGUUUGUGACAUGAUUCUGGGUACGAGGGAUCAGUUAGACCGACCUGCCUUCGAUGUCGCCUGGUCACAACUUGUCGCUUUGGAACCCAUCCUUCGGACGAGGAUUGCAAUGUUUCCUGACUUUGGCAUGCUCCAGGUGGUCCUGAGCCCUGAACAUUGCGUCGAUCUGGCGGCGAAUCGCCCGUGCGAUAUGGGAUCAGGAUCGCGAUUAUGGCAUUACGUAUGCAAAGAGUCCACCAUUCAUUUACGUAUGCAUCACUCAAUCCUGGAUGGUGCACAGGUAUCGCUCAUGCUUGGAAAGCUUGGUAAUCUCUACAGCAAGUGCAUACACAACAACGAGCUCCGCCUGUCUCAACUGGUUCUCGAUAGUAUGCGUGGCACUCCCUAUACCCAUUUUGUACACUCAAUCUUUCAAGAUGUUCCUUCAGGAGUUACCAGGGAGUUCUGGCUCGAUCACUUGAGGAAACAAUGUGCGACAGACUAUCCGACGGUCAUUUCGAGUGUUCCAAAGCACAGUACAGGUGGUACACUCAGUUGUACAAUCCAAUGGGAUUAUCGGAAGUUGGCCGCCGAAAGUGAGGUUCCUCCAGGCGCACUUCUGGGAGCCUUGUGGUCACUCGUGUAUAGUGGCUUCGCCGAUGCUCCUUCUGUUGUCUACGGAAUGGUUCACUCGGGUAGAGAUGCUCCUGUAGAUGGCAUCGAAGAGAUCGUCGCUCCGACUAUAGCGAUCACACCUAUGGUAGCCGCAGUUGACCCUAAUUUUAAAUUCGUCGACCUCGCAACAGCUCAUCAAAAGGCCGUGUCCGAUAUGACUCCGCAUCGGCAUUUCGGGCUCCAGCACAUACAAGCGCUAGGAUCCAAUUAUAAGGCAGCUUGCGACUUUCGCGCGCUUCUUGUAAUUCAGUCAGAGAUUGAUUCAUCAUUGCCUGACGGACCUUUGAUUUUAGAGAGUGUCUCGGAGCCUCGCUACGAUUAUCCUCUCGUUGUCUCCAUAACGAUGAGAGAGAACCAAACGGUGGUAAUCGAGAUUACGUACGAGGAGGUCGUCAUAUCCACAGAAGUAGCCCGAUGUAUACUCGAUCGCCUUGAGGACGUUAGCAAACAGCUCGAGGACUUCGGUGUCCACCAAACUGUGGAAUUUCUCCAAAAUCCAUCCCAAACUCAACUUGAACGCAUUAUCGCAUCGACUAGCGCAACUGCCGCCAUGGAAAUGCAUGUUCAGGACAUAUUCUAUGCAUCUGCUCACAAAGCUCCCCAAAACCCCGCAAUAUUCGACCAAGAAUUGGGUGUGUCCUUGACAUACUCAGAGGUUGAGCGGUUAUCCAAGUUACUGGCACAAGACAUUGUUCAAAGCGGCGUCGAGCCCGGCUCGGUUAUUCCAAUUUGCAUUGGCAAUAGCGCUUACGCAGUACUUGGGAUCUUGGCAAUCCAUCAGGUUGGGUGCGCCUAUGUUCCUAUUGACCCCGAGCACCCAAUGAAACGUCAAGAUUUCAUCAUUGGACAGGUCAAUGCGAAGAUUUUGCUUUGUACAUCGCAUGCAUGUGCAAGGUAUGCUCAUCUUGCGGGCCAGAUCAUCAACGUGGACGAAGUCGUCUCAGUAUCAUCCGAACAAGCUUUAGUAUCAGCAGAUCGAGCAGUAGACGAAUGUAAUAUCGUCGGACCAGGCGCAGUUGGGAGCAAUAUGUCAGAAGACGGCAAAUUCCAAGUCAGGUCUUCGGGCAGCCCAAUGGGGAAACCAACAGACACUGCGUUUGUCCUUUUCACUUCUGGCUCCACUGGCCUGCCAAAAGGCGUAGAGCUCACGCAUCAAAACAUUGCAACUGCUGUCCACAGUCUCAUUGAUUCAUUCCACCUCAAAGAGGGCGUGCGUAUAAUCCAGCUUACGACACUUACUUUUGAUUUGAGCCUCUUAGAGAUAUUCGGCUCAUGGGCGCGUUGUGGGUGCAUUUGCAUUCCCUCCAAAGAUUCACGCGUAAACAGAAUCUCGGAAGCUCUGAGAGAGAUGCAAGUGGAUACUGUCGUUGCUACUACUACUAUAGCGAGUCUGUUACGAGUCAAGGAUGCAUCGCAACUUCAAACUAUGGUCAUCGCGGGCGAGCGACUUAGCAGAGAGAUCGUGGACCGUUGGGCUGCUCGAUUACGACUGUACCAAUGCUACGGCCCUACCGAGGGUGGUAUUUCAGUGACGUCGACAAGAGUUAUGCCCAAUUGUCCUGAGCUACAGAACCUUGGACCUUCGUUGAACGCGAGAAUUUGGAUCCUUAACAGUGAUCGCAAACCUAUCCCCUCAGGCUAUCCCGGAGAGAUUGCAAUUUCGGGACCAACGAUAGCCCGCGGGUAUUUCGGGGAUCCAGUCAGGACAGAGAACUCCUUCGUCACCAUAAUGCCGUCUGGAGGCAGAGAAACAGAACAGAUGGUAUACUUAACGGGUGACAUUGGACGACGAACAGGCGAUGGAAAUGUUAUAUUUCUUGGGAGAAAGGACCACCAAGUGAAAAUUAAUGGCAUCAGGAUUGAAAUAGGCGAGAUCGAUGACAACAUUCUUGAUGCCGCAUUUGACAUCCGCAGCGCGGCUGUCAUACAUGUUUCGAAUAAGCUUGUGGCUUUUCUCGACGACGGAAAGGGUGCAGCUGUAAACGAAUCAACCAUCUUUCACGAAUUGACCCCCGAUCGAGAGGCCACGGUUGCAGCUAUCCAAGUUCAUCUCAAAGCUCGAUUGCCAAUCUACAUGCUCCCAUCACGGUUUAUCUUCAUUAAGCAUUGGCCAAAGACAUCGAAUGGGAAGACCGACCGCAACGUGCUCAUCGCAGCAUAUGGAACUGAACAUUCCAAAACCCCUUCGUAUGCGAAGAGCAACACUGGAAGCCAGGAGACUGGAUCUCAUGACAUUUCAGGUCACAGAGAGUUAAGUGGAUCCUCUUGGUUUAAGCAUACGCUUCAGGGUGUGCUUGGCCUACCUCGAGAUUUCGAUAUCGACCCAUUCGCUUCAUUUUUCGAGAUAGGAGGGGAUUCAUUUGCUGCGAUGAAGUUUGUUGCUGCAGCUCGUGCGGACAACAUCGACAUUUCAGUCCAUGACAUCUUCCGCAAUCCAACUCUAAGUGCUAUACGGGACCGUAUGUUCCACAAUGCUCCUGAGUCGACAGAGCGCCUUGCGCAAACCAGUACCGAUUUUCAGAAGUUCCUGCUGAAAGAUUUCGUCGAUCCACAAGAGAUUGAGAGCCUUACCGGGCUCACUAUGAAUCUUGUAGACGACAUUUAUCCGUGUACCCCAUUUCAGGAAGGCGUGGCUGCACUCGCGUUACCAUCUACCGGUCUCUACGUGACCCGGCAUGUAUUUGCACUUACUCCAUGCGACGAGAUCCGCUUCAAAGCAGCUUUAUCGCUUGUAAUCGAGCGUACUGCUAUCCUAAGGACAACUAUUGUGGCACUCAAGGCUCUGGGAGUUCUACAGUUGGUGAUGGCCCCGGAGGGUCCGUUAUCACCACCGGUCAGACUUCACGCCGCUCUCGCAGAUUUAGUUUCUUCAGCAGUACAAUUGGAGGACCAAUAUCUUUUCAACUUCGAUCUCGUCGUGCAUAACGGGUUAGUCAACACGUUUGCGGUGACCAUGUCACAUGCAGCCUAUGAUGGAUGGAGCCAAGAGAUUCUGCUGGAUGAUAUUUCCAAGGCUUACUGCGAAGGAUAUUUGCUACCUCCCUUAGCCAAUUUCGCCUCGUUCAUCUCUUAUCAACAUCAGAACUUAAAAGAUCCCCGAACAAAGCAAUUCUGGGCAUCGUAUCUUUCCGAAGCGCAGAGCACAUCGUGGCCGCACGAGCCGCGCUGUGGUACUGUGUCUGUUUGUGCUGAUCAGCGUCGUUCAUCUACAGCAAAGAUCUCGUGGCCUAACCAAAGAAGACUGAGGCCUGCCAUACUUCGUGGUGCCUGGGCUCUCCUUCUCGCAAAGUAUGAGAAUACAAGAGAUCCGUGCUUUGGCACGAUCUUUUCUGGCCGAGCCAAUGAUUUCCCACACAUCGAAUCAGUUCGAGGUCCAACCAUGUCUGCCGUUGUUAUGCAUAUCCCACUAAGCCAACAGGAAACUGUCGCAAACUUUGUGCAACGACAGCACGAAAAUUUUACGACCAUGUUGCCUCACAGCGCCUACGGUUUACAGAACAUCAAAAAGGUCUCCGAGGAUGCCGCAAAUGCAUGCGAGUUCCGUACGAUGCUAGUUGUACAGCCUACGGACAUCUCGGAGCCAAAUUCUAGACGGGAGAUAGCGUUCGAUUUGAUUGAGGAAACUAUGUCCGGAGGGUACGCUGUCACCGUCGAAUGUGUCCCGACACAUGGAGGAAUCAAAAUUUCCAUUUCGUACGAUUCUGCAUGGGUCUGCGACGAGGAGGUAGAUCGACUGGCUGAGCAGUAUCUGCAUUUGGUGGAACAGAUUUCAAUCCGUGUGCAUGAUGAUUCAACCAUAAACGAUAUCGAUGUAGUCUCUCCACAGGACCUCGAACAAAUCCAGCGAUGGAACGCUUCCGAGUUGAAACCUCAAAAGAAGAAUCUUUAUGGACUUUUCGAAGCGGCAGUGCGGCAGUUUCCAGACUCACCAGCCAUUGAAGGGUCGGGCGGACAAGUGAUUUCCUACCAAGAUCUUGAACAACAUGUCUGCGCUCUCGCCGAGGUUUUGGAGAAUAGUGGAGUGAGAUCACAGGAUAAGGUCCUUAUUCGGAUGGCCAAGUCACCGCACCAGAUUGCAGCCGUUCUCGCUAUACUUAGAGUUGGUGCGACAUUCGUGCCCAUCGAUAUGGAGUGGCCCCACGGAAGAAUUCAGAGAAUCGCCGAAGAUACAGCCGCUGCAUUCGCUGUGGUCGACAUUGAUGAACCACUCUUUGAACCGCCGUCAAGUGUACUAGAAAUCAAUGUUCAUGCACUUUCAAAAGAAACUUCAGUCCCAGCCCGCUUCAAUGAACGGGCUCAAAAUGUGGAACCAGAACACCUGGCGUACAUAGUCUACACCUCAGGAUCUACCGGAGAGCCUAAGGGGAUUCUCAUAUCCCACAUUGCCGUGUGCACGGCGAUUGUGGCCCACCAGCUUCAUCUGCAUCUGAAUUCCGACUCUCGAGUUUACCAAUUUGCGUCUCUUACCUUCGACAUGAGCAUAACAGACAUUUUCGGCACACUAUCAGUCGGCGGUUGCAUCUGCGUACCAACCGAACACGAACGCCUUUUCGAGCUUGAGAAGACUAUUCACGAAAGGCGAGCGAACUGGAUAUCUCUCACGCCAAGUGUGGCCAGUUUAUUGAGCCCUAAUAAUGUUCCAACAUUGAAGACGCUGGCACUAGGCGGGGAACUUGUUACCCAAGGUCUUCUGGAUACGUGGGUGGACAAGAUUCAUCUGAUCAACAAGUAUGGACCGACCGAGACCACUAUAACCACUACUGUUUGUCACCUGCCUGGAGACCCUUAUUGUAUUGGAAACGGAAUAGGAACAACGUCCACCUGGAUUGUAGAUCCGUACAACCACACUCGCCUUGCUCCAAUAGGAGCGGUCGGCGAACUACUUUGCGUCGGUCCAGCUGUGGCUUCUGGAUACUUGAAGAAUGCUGAAGGCACAGCCAAAGCGUUCAUCACACCUCCGCCCUGGGUUGACCUACAGAGCAAGGCAUGGAAAGCCUAUCGGACAGGUGACUUACUUCGUGGAAAGCGUGUUGAGCUUGCAGAAAUCGAUAAUGCGAUUAGACGCACGGGAUGUAUCGACCAAGUUGUAACGGAUGUAUUCAAACGAAACGAAAUACCCCUGCUGGUCUCCUUUAUCACGGCCGCCUUUUCUGACAUGCCACACAUACCCGCCAAGACAACUACUAUUGUGAGGGACUCUCCCAAUCAAAGUGAGACCAUUCAACGUAUCAGACACGCCCUUCAGCAAGAUUUGCCCAUAUACAUGCAACCUUGGGCCAUCAUCGUGGUUAACAACAUACCCCGUUCUAGCUCUGGCAAAGUCGAUCGUCGUAUGCUACAACGUAUUGCGAAGACGUGGUCUCUCGAGGAUGAAGAGGCGAAACCUGUGGCACCUAAGGCGCCUAGCGCGGGAGCUAUGUCUCGAACCGAGCUCACCGUUCAGGAGUUCUGGUCAGACAUACUAGGUAUCGAUAGACAGCGGAUACGUUCCGACGAUAUAUUCACAAGAUUGGGAGGCGACUCUCUCAGCCUUAUGCGCCUCGCAUUCUCCUUAAGAGCAAAGGGUUUUCUUGUAGAUGUUACCAAGAUCCAUUUAGGGUUGACAUUGAAGCAAAUGGCCCAGCUAUUGACAGGAAUCGGGCAAGAGCAUAAAGCGAGUGAAACGUUGACUGUUGAGCCUUUCUCACUGCUUGGCAACGUUUCGGUCGCAUCACUUUGCGAGAACAUCAGAAGACGCCUCCAUGUUCCGCUGGAAGCUAUCCAUGAUAUCUACCCCAUGUCACCCAUGCAAAUGGCGCUCAUUGCAUCGUCCGCGAAGAGCCCAGGAUCCUACACCAACAAGAUUACUUUCACGCUUCCACAAUCCGUUGACCUUGACCGACUGGAAGGAGCCGUGCGACGGACUGUUGGGCACCAAGAGAUCCUUCGAACCGCAUUUUUUGAAAAUGUUGAGGGUCUUACCGUCCAAGUUGUGCUGAAUACUACGCCUAAGAUGGAACGUCCUGCGAGCACCAAAUUCAUCGAUGAGAAGGACUACGAUCAAGACUUUCAUCUCCCAGCUGUAUUCUACCUUGAGAAGACGAACAUCAGUGUUCUUUUGCAUGUCAUCAUUCACCACGCAGCAAUGGAUGCUUCUUCAUUACGACUGCUUGUUCAUGACUUGCACUGUGCAUGGUCGUCUCAGCCGCUACUGGAGCGGUCGGCAUAUCGUACGUUUAUCAAACGUCUAGAGAUGAUUGAUUCGAAAGAAAAUAGCAGAGAAGCAUGGGAAGCUUUCACAAAUCGUCCGCCCCCCAGUCAAGCCCCAAUUCUUGAGAGCCUUGAGAGUACGGAGCAACCAGGGCGACGUAUUGUCCAGGUCCAGAUGCCGUCUCCGAAGAAUAGCGAUUGGUCGUCAUCCGAGAUACUCACUGCUGCGCUUGCCAUCGUGCUGCGCCAGACCAGUGGUGCUUCCUCAAUUUGCUUUGGGUUAGUGCUGUCAGGCCGCCUGGACAACUUCGUUGGACUUGAGAAUGUGGCCGGGCCGACAUUCACCACCAUCCCUAUGAUCUGUGAUACCGAGCGCAUGGCGCCGAAGCAGGAUCUACUUCGAUCAAUACGAGAAGAUAUCAACAAAAUUAGGAAUCAUCAGCAGUUCGGGCUUCACAACAUAGCCAAGUUGAACGACUGCGCUCGCCAGGCAGCCUCCUUCACCACUCUCAUGGUUAUCCAACCUGGGGGUGAUGCGAACAAUAAUGGAAUCUUCAAUGAUUAUACUUGCGAAACAAUGCGACCCAUUGCGCAAUAUCCACUGCAAGUAGAAUGCAAACUUUCUAGGGGUGGUGCAGAGAUAAUAACGGCAUACGACGGCAAGGUUAUUGGCGCAACUGAAGCGGAGUGGUUCAACGAUCACUUGAAGCAAAUCAUUGAGAACGACCUUUGUGGAAGCGAAGAGCUAGCCAAGCCUUUGCAGGAUUCUAUGGCUUUGACCAAUGCCGAUCAAAUUCAGAUUGAUUCCUGGAACUCGACAGUCAUUAACGCGGAUACCCGAUUCUUGCAUACAUGCUUCUCGGAAGCUGCUGCUAAGUACCCCACAAGUAGGGCCGUCGUAUUCGAGGAUAAGAUAUGCACAUACAACGAGCUGGACCAGCUCUCAUCUAAUCUGGCACAGGAACUGCUCAUCAACGACUACGGGCCAACGGAGACCACAAUCGAUUCUUCCACGAACACAAAUAUCACUGAGAACACAAAACCCACGAAUGUUGGAAAGCCGAUAUCUGCACACUUAUGGAUCGUUCGACAAUCCGACCCCAGCCAACUAUGUCCACUGGGUGUUGCAGGCGAACUAUUGAUAUCGGGGCCAACGCUCGCCAAUGGCUAUCUAAACGAUCCCGAAAGAACUUCACAGGCUUUCAUAGAUAGUGCUGAGCUACCUUGGGUUCAGAGGGUGACAUUGAGCCCAGUCAGGCUUUACAAAACUGGAGAUCUUGCAAGAUACUCUCGCAAUGGUGAUAUCCACAUCUUAGGCCGAAUCGACAGUCAAAUCAAACUGAAGGGCCUCCGCAUCGAGGUUCAAGAGAUCGAACAAGCGCUUGAAGGGUUUGAACCAUCGUUGAGGGCCGGGGUGAUACUGACCAAGUCGCCGAGUGGUGAAGAUUCGCUCUUCGCGGCAGUGAGCAAAGAGAAGUGGCGAAGGAGUUCAGAACCCAGUACACUAGAGCUUACAAGAGAGCUGAGCGCUUGGAUCGAUGCGCUAGCCAAACAUGUUGCGAGGCUUCUACCAAGAUAUAUGCGCCCAUCCGUUAUUGUUCCUCUAACACACCUACCGACUAUGACGUCUGGCAAACUCGAUCGACGAAAGCUUAGACAGACCGCAGAAUCUCUUGUCAACGAAUGGUCUGUGAUGCAACAGUGUCAUGUCUCUUCGGAAACUCGCAAGACGAUUGUGAUUUCUCAAGCAGAGUAUGACCUGCGGGACGAGUGGGCGCGAGUUCUGAAUGUGGACGCCAAUGGGAUUCAUUCUGACUAUAAUUUCUUCUCGAUGGGCGGCGAUUCUCUUUCCGCCAUGAAGCUGUCUUCGUCAUACAAAAACAAUAGUAGACUGCCCGUCCAGUCAAUCUUCCAGCACCCUGCCCUUGGCGACAUGGCGAAGGCGAUAGAGACUGUGAGUAUGGCUGAGGUGACGGCACAUCAUGCGGCCAUUGGACCGAAUUGCCAGCCACAGAUGAGUUUUUCAACGGCUCUAUUUGACAAUGUUGCCGAAACUUGCAGCGUCCGUGUGCAGGAUAUUGAGACUAUAUUUCCAUGUUCUCCACUGCAGGAGGGACUUUUCACAGCCUCGUUGCUUUCAAGCGGCUCUUACUGCGCCCGCGUGGCAUACGACUUAGCUCCGGACGUAGACAUAGCCAGAUUCUGUGCCUCUUGGGAAGCUGUGUAUCACGCAAACUCGAUUCUUCGUACACGAAUCGUUCGGAACUGUCGGAAGACAACCGAACUCCUCCAGGUUCCGAUACGUCAGCAAUUGUGGUGGAAGAAAGUCGAUAUUGAAGAAGAAGUUGAUGAACGUCUAUAUAUGACUCUUGGUGGAGAGCUCACCCGGUGGAUCCUGUUGAACGGUGGGGGCCGAGCGAGAAAAUUCGUGCUCUUCAUACAUCAUGCUCUCUACGAUGAUAUUACACUAAAGAGCAUCUUCUCUGAUUUCGCCCAAUUGUAUACAAAAGGGUUCUUGGAGGAGGGGCCAAGAGUGUUCGGGAUGCAGCAAUACAUAGGAUUCCUGGAGAGUCUAGACAAGAGCAGCAUGAUCGAAGUGUGGAAAAAUUUGUUGAAAGGAACAAGCGCAGUCCACUUCCCAACCAACAGACAGCCUAGCUACAAGCCGCAGACGAAUAGAGCUACGCAGAUACUCGCUGCAAAAUCUUCUGGUGGGGACUCCUGGCGGCCAAAUCAAACCCCGAUUCUUCGUGCCGCUUGGUUACUUACUAUUUCACGCCACCAAUAUCCAGUCUCUGAUGGCGAGACUGUGUGCUUCGGCACGGUUCUUUCGAGUCGCAUGUCGACCACACCUGGGCUUGAAAAGGUCUUGGGGCCUAUGAUACAAACUUUGCCGGUCGUCGAAACUGUGAACCGGACAGAUCUUCUUUCUGAAUUUCUAGAGCGCAUCCGUGCGAAAUAUGUGCAAGCGAUGGACUCAGGUCAUCUUGGGCUCAAGAAAAUCAGAUCAAUCGGACCUGAGCAGGCAUCGGCAUGUGAUUUCAACAACCUGUUCGUCAUCCAAAGUGGAGGACAUGAAGAGGAAUACAUCCAAAAUGAACAGAUUGAAGGUUUCACUCGCAUCAAGCAAGAGCUACAGCACCCUUACGGGCUGGUCCUCGAGUGUACUCCAACACCAACCGGCGUAACAUUUUCGGCUUCAUACGACUCUGGUAUACUAGAUGAAAUAGCAGUGUCUAGGCUGCUUGAUCAUUUCGGAACUGCAUUUGAACGUCUUACAGAAUUACACGAGAUCAGUACCGCUAAGGUUUCAGACGUCCUCUCUCGCUUGAGCAGUGAUGCCGAAUUGAGCUUAGUAUGUUCCUGGAAUGAACAACCCGCUCCAUCGGACGGUCUCCUUCACGAGCUGUUUCUAGUCGCUGCACAGAAGUGGCCGAAAAGAGAAGCGGUUUUCGCGCACGAUCGUUCGUUGACAUAUGAGCAACUUGACCAGGAGUCUUCAGCUUUGGCAUCCGAACUUAUGUCUUCUGGAGUACGAGUUGGAUCUACGAUACCCAUCUGCUUCGAGAAGAGCAGCUACAUGCUUGUUGCCAUACUUGCUAUACUCAGAGCUGGAGGGGCCUACGUUCCAAUAUCACCAGAUCAUCCACCCGAACGACAAGGAUAUAUCAUAGAAAAAUGCAGCACCGAGCUAGUUUUAGCAUCUAGGGAGCAAGCCAGUGUACUUUCCAAGGCUUUACAUACCAGCAAGACGAUUAUCUGUGUUGAUCAGCAAUUUUCUGGCCGCCAACUGGCUGAUCAGACGUCCCAACCUCCAAGAGGAUACACUCACCCUAGUAGUAAGUCUUUGGCCUACGUUCUGUACACCUCGGGCUCUACUGGCACUCCCAAGGGAGUCGUUGUGUCUCAUGGUGCGGUUACUCGCAGCAUGGUCAAACACGCAGAGCACUUCGGCCAUACGUCGAGAGAAGGACUACGCAGCUUACAGUAUUGCAACUACACGUUCGAUGUGUCAAUCAUGGAUAUUUUCCCAACGCUGAGCUUUGGCGGCUGCGUCUGUAUUCCUUCCGAAGCCGACAGACUCGGGAACAUUUCUUCUUUCAUUCAGGAAUCCAGGGCAAACCUGGCUAUGCUUACCCCCACCGUUGCCAACAUGUUGGUCCCAGAAGAAGUACCUGGCCUCUGUACACUUGUCGUGGGCGGUGAACCAAUGACAGAAUCAGUUCGGAACAAAUGGACGAAUCCUGCCAAUAUACCAGAGCGUGUGCUUCAUAAUGUGUAUGGUCCAACAGAAGCUAGCGUCAACGUCGCGACUUCCCGGAUGACCACAGAAAGUAAUCCUGCGAACAUUGGCUCAGCAAUUCUUGGUAGUCAACUUUGGAUCGCAGAGUCAGAUGACACCGACAGACUAGCGCCUCUAGGAUGUGUAGGGGAGUUGAUCAUCACCGGUCCGUGCCUCGCAGAUCAAUAUCUGCAUGCUGCAGAGCAGACUGCUAAAGCCUUUAUCAAGGCUCCAUCGUGGCUUCCUGUACGCUUCGUCUCGACAGCGUACCGGACGGGUGACCUUGCUCGUUUCGCCACAAAUGGUGAGAUUGAGAUGGUUGGCCGGAUCGAUGCGCAAGUUAAGCUUCAUGGAAUUCGAAUUGAGUUGGGCGAGAUCGAAGAGGUGGCAGGUCGAGUCGAACAUGUCAAAAGGGCAGUUGUAAUUGUCACGAACAAACGCGGCCGUGACGAGCUCUCACUAUUUUAUGACACUGCUCAUGAUCAACAUUUUAUCAUCAGAAGAGCGAUCCGUGAACAGCUGAGAUGUUCACUUCCCCCGGCAUUUAUCCCGUCGCUGUAUAUCAGCAGCAGCAUUCCUAUGACCAGGACUGGAAAGAUUGACCGCAAGGCACUUGCCCAACAAAUGGCUGGCUAUCGCCCAGAAGAGUUGGCCAGCUUUGCUGUCGACGCUUCAGACGUGGCUAGGCGAUUGCCCGAAACGACGAAGCAGAAAGAAUUGCGAACACUUUGGAUUCGUGCAUUGCAUCUACAAGAAGACGACGUCUGGCUGCAGACUAAUUUUUUCUCUAUCGGAGGAGACUCUGUGGGAGUCAUCGUAUUGGUCUCGAUGAUGCAGCGCGCUGGGUACCCGGUCACAUAUAAGGACAUAUUCGCCCGACCAAUUCUAGAGGACAUGGCCUUGCUGAUGCACAAAACUGAUGAAGAAUGUGUAGCCCUCGAGGACCCCGUACCUUUCGAGGUACUAGCAGCUGAGCCUGCUAGCCGAGAGAGUCUUCAGAGUCAUCUCGCAGAUAUACUGAAUCUUCCGGUAUACCGCAUUUGCGAUGCUUACCCCUGCUCUGCUAUGCAGAAUUCAUUCAUUGCUGCAUCGUCGCGGAACCCCGAGGCAUACUGGUGCACCAUCGACAUGGAAUUGGCGCCUCAUACGUGUGCAAAGCGCCUGAUCUCGUCUUGGGAAGCAGUCGUCAUGCACAAUUCUAUUCUGCGUACGGUGAUUGCCAACACAAAAGACUUUGGCAACAUACAGAUCGUCGUCGAUGCGGAUCCCUGGAAAAUCUUCGGCGACUGUCAUGAAGAAGCAGUACUGCUUCAGAAACCACUUUUCAGGUAUAGCCUUGAUACCUCAUGUACGGGAAAGAAGGUCUUCCAGCUGAGGAUGCACCACGUAAUCUACGAUAUGUGGGUACAGGACGCACUUUUCGACCAACUUAGCCAAAUGUAUAACGGGAGACACUUGGAAGGCCAUCCUUCUUUCAGUCGCUUUAUCCGCUUCGAACAAGAAGAAAAUGGCUCCGCGGAGUUUUGGAAGAAUGCUAUUCGAGGCGCGUCUAUUGUAAAGUUCCCAAACUAUAGGACUGUGCAAAACCCAGGCGAGGUGUUGAUGACUCUCACUGCGGAGCGUGUGAUGAAGCUACCUCAGACGAGAAUAUCAUCUUUCUCGAUCGCGACGAUCAUACACUGCGCAUAUGCAUUGCUGCUUUCCAGAUAUGGGUAUACAAGCGACGUUUGUUAUCCCUCCGUACAAUCAGGACGAAGUAUCCCGCUUCAGGCCGCGUCAGAUAUCGUUGGACCGCUCAUGACAACUUCAUUCUUCCGCGCCGACUGCUCAAAUGACCGGGAAGUUUACAAGAUGCUCGAGGAUGCCAGUCAGUUCCUGUUGGAUGCGGCCAGUCAUCAACACGCUGCGCACACUCUGGUUCCUCGGAUCUUCAACCAAUCAAUAGCGGAGAUGGGUAGCAUGCUAGUAGUCCAACCUCGUACUCGCCUCUCAGAACCAAGUAUCGACUUGUUCAGUGGAACAGGUACGAAAAUGGCACAGUCUGGACUACUUCUGGUGGCGGCCACAAUCGAAAGCGAAGAUACGGUGAAUUUGAAGAUACAGUAUGCACCUGAGGCAAUGGAACAGGCAAAUGCACAGUUGUUCAUGAAUCAUCUACAACGGGCCAUUGAGCAAUUGGCAGAAACGCGAAUGGACGACAAAAAGCGUCUCGGGGACAUCUCCUUGAUCACCAAGCAUGACGAAGACAUCGCGAUGAGAGGCUGUGGCACGGCAAUGCCAAUAACAGAUACCGUUGUGAAUGCGAUGUACCGUAUUGCAGAACAAAAUCCCAACGCUGUUGCCAUCAAUGCCCACGAUGGAACUUUGACAUACGGCGAGCUACUAGGUCAAACAACUAGACUGGCUGCAGUGCUACGAUCCCGAAUCAGAAGACGCGCAGGCUCAGAGAUUCGCAUUGCGGCAUGUUCCGAAAGAAAUGCCAUGGCCGUUGCAAUCCAAGCUGCCAUUUUCACCAUCCGAGGAGCUGCAUUUAUUGCUCUGGAUCCCACAAGCCCCAUUGAGAGGAACUUACAGAUCCUAGAAGAUUCGGAUGCCGAAAUAGUACUGUUCUCACCAUUCACAAUACAUCUGGCUGGGGAGAUUGCCGGAGGCAGAGAGAUUUUGGAGGUAAGCAAGGAAACUUUGGACAAGCAGCAUACAGAUACCGGUAGCGAGACCACAGAGGCAAGCCCUCAUGCUGGUGACGUGGCAUACAUCACAUACACGAGUGGAAGCACUGGCCGCCCCAAAGGCUGCAUCAUGGACCACGGCCCCUUGGCAAUUACGAUACUCAAGCUUACAGAGUGGAAGGAUAUCAAUUCCAAGGUCAACACACUCUGGGGAUCCACAUGGAGCUUUGAUGUUCAUCUGUCACAGAUAUGGGAGCCGUUGACUACUGGUGGUUUGAUUUGUGUGCCAUCCGAAGACGAAAUGCACAAAGGUGUCGAAGCUACGUUGGUGAAAUACGACGUGCAUCACGCGUUCUUUACUCCAACUCAAGCGAAGAUGAUUGACUUUAGCAAAACUCCCUCCCUACGGUCUAUAGCUAUGGGUGGAGAAUCGAUCAGUUUCAACCUGUUGCCACUUUUCGAGGCAGGUUUGCGCGUCUUCAAUGAAUAUGGGCCAUCAGAAGCUUCCGGAUGCGUUACAGGUCACGAGCUUAUGCCUGAUGACCAGGAAAAGAACAAAAUCGGUCGAGCGCUGUUUGGCAAUUGCUGGGCCUUCGAACCUGGCAGUCUGUCUCGUCUGGCCCCAAUCGGAACCAUUGGAGAACUCGUGGUUGGAGGAACUUUAGCACGAGGGUACCUCAAUCGACCCGAUAUGACUCAUGAAACAUUCUUCGAGAGUCCAGCUUGGAUACGUGGAUCCACCAAUUUUUUCGAUCUUGGAGACUCUAUCGCGGCGAUCGGACUGGUUGCUGCUGCUGCUAGGCUUGGACAUCACAUGUCUGUGGUGGCUUUGUACAAGAAUCCUGAGCUAUCGGAUAUGGCUCUCUUGAUACAAGAGGAGAACUCCACGAGCUAUUUGCUAAUACUCCAAGACCCGCCAGCGUUUUCCUUGGUCAAUCCUGAUGCCCUUGGUCAAAUUACGGAAGACCUGAGUCAAAAUAUCCCAUCUCAUUCAACGAUCGAGGACGUCUUCCCUCUCACUCCACUCCAGGAAGUGGCUAUCGUAGCGAAUCAAAGAUGGCAUCAUGCAUACUUCGCAUGGUUCGUUGUCGAUAUAAUGGGCGUUCUCGACCGUUCUAAACUUCGAGGAGCUUGCAACCAGGUUGUCGACAUACACCCUCUGCUUCGAACUGUUUUUUUCCAGAGUGGAGCCGGCUUUUACCAAGCGCCGUUGAGGAAUGUGGUGCUUGACUACCAGGAGGUUCCUUGGAAUGGUGACAAGUUGAGUGUACCUCAUCUCAUCGAUGAGACCUGCUUAGAUGAAGCACGACCCUACUGCAGCCCAACUCGAUUCCGCGUACUGCAACACACGCCGACUCAUAGCCUGCUGGCCAUAGGAUUGAGUCAUGCUCAGUACGAUGGAAUUUGUCUACCCAAUGUCUUCAAUAAUUUGAUUGCCGUCUACAACGGGAAUAAAUUAACACGACAGCCAAGCUUCUCACGCUUAGUCCAACUCUUGAAUCUACGAACCCAUAUUGCAGAUGCGCAAGCCUUCUGGAGUAAAAGGCUUUCCGGCACCAGCAUGACAAACCUUGCCAGGUGUCCGAACACAAACCGGAGACUGUUAGACAGCGUUGUUACCUCCCACAUUUGCUUGCCCGAAGUGUCGACGACAGAACGGCGAGUUCACGCUGCUCUCUGCCUUGCCUGGGCAAUCACUCUAGAAGCAGCAACAGGUGUUUCUGAUGUAGUAUUUGGGACACUGACAUCGGGCCGUAAUGCCCCAAUCCAAGACAUAUCAUCUCUGACAGGACCAUGCAUCACCACGAUUCCAGUGCGUGUUGACUUGGACGCACAACGCAUGAAAUCGAGAACGCUCUUCCAGGCUCUCGAGCAAGUGCAUAGAGAUCAUGUGGAGACCUUCCCUCACGAGCAUCUGGGCCUUCGAAGGAUAGUGAAAGAUUGCACAGACUGGCCGUCCACAACACGAUUCUCGAGUAUGGUCCAACAUCAGAAUAUCGAAAUUUGGAACCCUUCGUCAAACCCGGCUCCCCCUUCAAAGCUGUCGGCAGACGAUGCUUUACAAUGGAAACACGGAGGCUCGAUAGCAUACAAAGGCGCAUGUGAUGAAGUAGACUUGUGGGUGACGAGCGUGCCGACGGGGGAUAACAGGACGGACUUGACCAUGCUUUUCAAUGAGGAGACUUUGCCAAGAGACGUAGCGGAGAAACUUAUCUCUGUCCUAACUAGCAACCUCGAGGUUGUGCUACAGGAACGCCACGAAACAGUCACAACGCUCUCCAUAGAUUCGAAUAGGCGUCUGCGUGGCGUUAGACUUCCAAUGUCGGCCCAUCCGGAAUCGGAAGGGGGUUUUCAUUCUGGAGUCACACCCGUGAUCCAAGAACCUCGACAAGAAACGUAUCACUUGCUUCAGACAAUAUGGUGCCGAGUGCUAGGACUUGCCUCGGAAACGCAGUUCGUUCCUUCGGAUUCGUUCUACACACAAGGGGGUGAUUCUAUAGGAGCGGCCAUGGUCGCUGGACUUGCGCAAGCACAAGGUAUCGCUCUGAGCCUGCAAGACGCGAAUGAAUGUGUGACCUUUGGUGAACAGGUCCAAAGAAUCGAGGAUGGAUCGUACAGCAAACCAAAAACGAACAGUUUGGAGUGGGACAAAACCGAUCGGAUUGCAAAGUCCUUCCUACGAUAA